AUGUCCACUUUAGCGACAUCCACUUACACCGUUGAGAAUGUGGUUGACUCCUUGUUUAUGUUGUACUGUACUUCGCUUCUCCCACUAGUCAUCAUUGGAAUAGCUGUAUUUUAUGGGGGGUUAACUCAAAGAAGAUCCUCCUUGACGAUGCUUGGAUUACCAAUCUUACUCACACCUUUGGUUUUUAUUGAUUGGUUUAUAUGGAGUUAUUCGUUGAGUUAUGCCAGUGCCAAAAAUGCAUUCAUAGGCUCUAUGGAGUUUGUUGUUUUGCGCCAUUUGAGGGACACUCUGAAUGCGUUAUAUGUGACUCCUAGAGGAACCAUCCUGUCGGUAAAUCAUUUUGCCUUUAACGGGUUGAUGAAGGCCAUCUGUGUUGCCUUGACAUUUCCAGGAUGUAUCGCUGAAAGAGGCCGUAUAAUACCGAUGUUAGUAUUUCUUUUCUUUUGGUCUUGUAUGAUUUACAAUCCUGUAACAUAUUGGUUUUGGAACCAAAGUGGUUGGCUAUCUUCUCAAAAGGACCGAUUACCAGUUCUUGAUUUUGCUGGAGGGAAUUGUAUUCACAUUGUUAGUGGGUUUACUGCCUUGGCAUAUUCAUACAUUUUGGGACCUAGAAACCCCAAGAUCUUGUAUAAUUACAGGAAUACAAACACUGCAUGGGUUCUAUUAGGUACAUUUCUCUCACUUUGUGGUUGGGUUGGAUUUGUUACUGGUUGUGAUUAUAAGUUUCUGGACCGAUCAGGGUAUAUAGCGGUUAAUACCGUUUUAUGUGCCUGUGUAAGUGGAGUAAUAUGGACUAUGAUUGAUUAUUAUUUUUCUGCCAUUCCAUUUGAAGGUGAAGUUAUACCAGAACAACAAGUAAUUCCUGAUGGGAAUCUUGCAGUGACCACCACUAUGUCUCCAACGGGGGUGAAUUUAAAUCAAUAUUCACAUUCUCGACCAAACACCCAUCCUAGAAGAAAGAUUUCAUUAAUUUCAUUUUCUUCAGGUGUAAUGACCGGGUUGGUAGUUAUUACCCCAUCAGGAGGUUACAUUUCAUCAUCUUCAGAAUUCUGGAAGGCUUUUCUAUUUGGUAUAGUUGGAACUAUACUUACAAACUUAUCAACUAGAGUCAAGUAUUAUAUGCAUGUUGACGAUGCCUUGGAUAUAUUUGCCAUCCAUGGCGUGGCAGGGAUCAUUGGCUCCAUAAUGACCGGUAUAUUCGCCACUGCUCGAUAUGAAUCAGAAGGUGGUUGGGUUGAAGGUCAUUGGAUACAAAUCUGUUACCAGCUUCUUGGAUCAGUUGUCACAUCUGUAUAUGUAUUUGUACUUAGUUGUGCCUUCUUAUACCUUAUUGAUUGGAUUCCAUUUUUACAUUUAAGAAUCGAUAAGGAUUUUAACAAGAGAAUGAGAGAACAGAAGUUAUUACGAGAACGUCAAGAAAAGGGCGAAGUAGUAGAGGGGGCAGAAUUGGACGUUGAAGCUCAAGAGCAAAAUCAUCAUACGGUGAAUGAGACAGAGAAAUGGGAGCUUUUAGGAACUGAUAAUUAUGAAUUUAAUGGGGAGUUCCUUAUGGAUUUCAUGGAGUUCAUAAAAAUUAUCCUGCCUGAUGAUUAUCCAGUGGAAGAUGAAUACAUAACAGGAGAUCUGGUAGUGGCAGGAUCACGGUCUGGUACCUCGUCAGAUUAUCAACCUUAUCCAGAAGGAUAUGGAUUAUCAGAGAGACUCCAUCAUAAUAAGACGGAAUAG